AUGGGCGCAAACGCUUCUACGUCCAAGGGAGGAGGAGCGCCAGGCAGGGACCUCGACCACUACGAGGUGCUCGGUGUCGAAGCGUUCGCGACCCAGGACGAGAUCAAGAAGGCGUUCCGCAAAGCCGCCCUCAAGGAGCAUCCGGACAAGAACCCGAACGACGUCGAGGGCGCGACGCAGCGCUUUGCCCGUAUCCAGGCCGCGUGGGAGUGCCUCAGCGACCCGCAGGAGCGAGCAUGGUACGACGACCAUCGCGAGGACAUCAAUGACUCGGGCGCAGGCGCCACCGAGGCCGACGCCUCCUUCUUCGACAACCUUCGUCGUGCCACGGCCAAGCCCGCCGCACGUGCGACGCCCGGUCGCGGCCUCCAGACGCCGCACCUCAUGAAGUUCUUCUCGACGUCGGCCUGGACCGGGUUCGACGAGUCGCCGACGGGCUUCUUCAACACGUUCGCGACCCUGUUCUCGCUCCUCGGCGGCGAGGAGACGGCGUGGUCGUCGCCGCACCUGUACCCGGCGUUCGGCACCAAGCAGUCGCCGCCGGACGACGUGCGCGCGUUCUACGCCGCCUGGAUCAACUUUGCGACCGAGAAGGACUUUGGGUGGAAGGACUCGUACAAGGUCGACGACGACAUGCCGAGGUGGCAGAGGCGCGAGAUCGACAAGGAGAACUCGAGGGCGAGGACCGCCGCCAAGCGCGAGUACAACGAGGCCGUGCGGGCCCUCGUCUUCUACGUCCGCCGCCGCGACCCGCGCUUCCAGUCGCUCACGUCGUCGACCGCGCGCGCCGCCGCCGAGGCCGAGACGCGCGCCGCGCUCGCCGCCGCCGCCAAGCAGCGUGCCGCCGAGCGCGAGGCGGCCGCUGCGCGGUACGCGGCGCAGGACUGGCAGUCGGGCGGCGUCGACGCGGUGCACCGCAUGUGGGAGGAGGAGAGCGACGAGGAGGGCGAGGGGGGCGAAGAGGGCGAGGACGAGGUCGUGUGGUGUGAGGCGUGCGGGAGGGGGUACAGGAGCGGUGGGGCGUGGGAGAACCACGAGCGGAGCAGGAAGCAUGGCAAGAACGUCGAGCGACUCGUCAAGGAGAUGCAGCUCGAGGACGCCGCCCUCGGCCUCGACUCGGAGCCGCCAACCGCUUUCGCCACCGCCCAAGCCUCCCCUCCCUCGUCCGCCACCGCCGUCGCGCCCACCGCCGCAGACGCCGCCGCCCUCGCCGACUCGCUCGCGUCCUUCUCCGUCGACGGCGACGGCGACGGCUCGGACUCGCUCCUCGACGAUGACGACGACGACCUCGAGGUCGACCCGCCCGCCGCCACCACCGCCGCCGUCCCCGCCAAGAGCAAGAAGAAGCCGCGCCGCCGCGGCCCGCCCGCCGUCGUGCCGGGCCUCGACGACCUGUCCGACUCGGCGUCGGAGCCCCGUGAGCCUGCGCGAGCGCCCGAGCGCGAGGCCGAGGACGGCGCCGCGUCGAGCUCCGGCCGCGCCGCCGGCGCCGGCGGCAAGAAGAAGGGCAAGAAGGCGGCGCGGCGCAAGGGCGUAAUCGAUGUCGCACUCGAGCUCGACCUGGAGCAGGACGGCGACGGGCUCGCGGCGUCGGCGGCGGCGGCGGCGGCGGGGCCGGGGCUGGGGCUGGGGCUCGGCACGCCGCUCGACAGCAGCGACGAAGAGUGGCGCGCUGGCGGGGGCGGCAAGGGUGGCAAGGGGAAGAAGGGCCGCAAGGGCAAGGGAGGAGGGGGAGCGGCGAGUGCCGGUGCGGGUGGAGCGGCGACGCGGAGCGGGACGGCGAGCGGGGCAGCGACGCCGGCGCCGGCGGCGCAGGACGUCGAGGCAGAUGGCGGUCGGCGUGCACAGGGAGGCGUCGACGAUGACGGUGAGGAGGACGGGCCGGGCAUGAGCAAGAAGGACAAGCGGCGGGCCAAGGAGGCGGCGAGGAAGGCUGGCGGUGCAGGGGCCGACACGGUCUGCAACGUCUGCAGCGAGCCGUUCGCAUCGCGCACUAAGCUGUUCCAGCACAUCGCCGACACGGGCCACGCGCUCGCCGAGAGCGGCGGCGGCGGGACGUCGAGCGGGAAGGCGAGCAAGAAGAAGGGCAGGCGGUGA